AUGUCGCCAACUACCCGCCAGCAGAGCCGCCAGCAGGAUGUCGAGGACGAGUCCUAUGAGACAGACAGUGACUCGGGGUUCGACUUCGACGAGGACAGUGGCAUCGCUAUCUUCCCUUCCAACAUGAAGUACUCUUUACAUGCUCUCGACUCAGGCACCAAAGAAACAGUCAUCAAAGCCAUGGAGCCUUCCUCCAGGCUAUCACUUCGCGCCUGUCAAGCUCGAGACCAAGACUUCCUCUUCUUGAUAUCUGAGACGGUCGAGUACAAUGUCCGGGCAGGACAAUCGAAUACGCAAUAUGCAGUUCCCAGCUGCGAUUGCCAGCAGUUCGAGCGUUCUGCAGGGUUGCAACAGCCUUGCCGUCAUACACUCUGGCUGUGUGACCAAUUCACAAGCCAGAUGCGUCCGCACCAGGUUGAACCCCUUACGCUGAUGUCAAACGGCUACUCGGCAGAAGCGGACAACGUGUGCAACAAUAUUCCUGACUUCCACUUCGACGUGCUGGCCGACAGUCUAGGAUGCGACGUCAGCUUCGCUGGCCAAUCAGCCCAGCCGAGCCCCCGGCGAGUCCAAACGGUCCGCGAGAUCCUGGCCUCGCUGAACGAAGUCCCUGUUGAGAGGUACCGGCUUGACCUCAAGGAGCCCGACAAAGGACCUAGAGCCGUCAAAAGGGGUGACCUGGAGCAAACCAUAUACCGGAUGCUGCUUCGCAACAAGGAGUUCUUCUCCUACUUCCUCGCCUCCAUGCGGGACUACGAUCUCCUGAAUCCGCGGUUCCGGCGCUUCCGCGACCGCGCGGACGCAGCUUUGGCUGGGCUCGACGAUUACGCGACGGACCCUUCUCGAUGGACCGCCUUCGGGGCUAAAGACGUCGAGUGGUGCGCGAGGAAACUCAUAGAAAUCGAGGGCCAGAUCAAAUCCAUGAUCUUCGUCACCGACAGCGAGCUGCCAGACUACGACCAUCGUGCGGCUGCUCGCACCCUGGUCCACAUACUGAAGCAGGUCGUCCUUCGCAAGCAGGACGUUGGCCCCGAGAACACUCAGGACAAUACUCGCAACCUGUACCAGAGGCUUAUUGGCGGAGAGACUCGGCUCGUUGGUGGACAAGCUCGGCGGUUCGUUAUCGACCUCCUAGGCGACAUCCCCAACGAAUGCGUCAACCACCUGGUGGACGAGCUCAACGAGAUCGAGCGCAUCAUCCUUCAAGAUGGUGCCCCUCCGUCCUACGUCGAAAGACUACGCGAGCUGAUCUCCCGCCUGCGCAAUUCCAAGUCAGGCUCAGCGUCCGGGUCGGGAUCUAGCUCCAAAAAGCGCCCCGGGCAAGCGCCGGAUCGCAGGUCGAAGCGCAUGAAGUAG